CCAGUAUUACAAUCAUGGGUUACCCUCCGAUCAGCGUAUUAACGGACCGUUAAGAUGAAAUAACCAGUAUUACAAAUUCCGGUCCACUCUGUUAUUAACCGUUAGCUCCCGGUUACGCUUACCAGCCGAUAUCGGCUGGUUACAAAAUAUGAUGUACCGUUAAUGCAUCUCAUUGGUUGUUAAAUUUUUAUGUUUCUGUGAUUAUUUUGAUAUCAUUAUCAUUAUUAAUUAUUCCUCAAUACAACAAUCUAAAUUGUAUUGGGACGAAAAUAAUGUUAUUUCGUCAUGGUUCGUAGUAGGUUGUACCUCCUAAGUCCGAAGUCGCACGUGGUAUAGUGGUAUUUGCGAUUUCAUAUUCGUGAAUCGUUUCGUUCGCAGUUCCGAAGUCCGACUUACGUUAUUACACUAUUACAGUUUGCACUUGAAAUUUAGUGUCUUAGUGAAUCAUUUCCGAUUCCGAAACUUCGUAGUUCGUACUUUCGUAGUAGGUUGUACCUCCGAAGUCGCACGUGGUUUAGUGGUAUUUCCGAUUUCAUAUUCGUGAAUCGUUUCGUUCAUACAAUCGCACAUGAUGUGGAAACCCAGGAGUGCGAUUUUAGAAUAUUUUGAAAAAACAUCGAAUGUAGAAGUUGUGACAUGCAAAUUAUGUCACGCUUCGGUUAAGUCAUGUGGUAACACGACUAACAUACGCAACCACAUUAAAAGAAACCAUCCUUCAAUUACACAAAGCAAGGAUGCUGUUGUCAAUAAGGUUCGUCGAAUAUCUCCAUCGGUGGCAUCAACUAGUUCCACAGAACCACAUGAAGAAAAUGUUGACGAUCCUGAUGUAAUGGCAGAUGACAAUGAUUUUGCUGAGGUAGCUAGAGCCAUUGUAAAUAAGGCUCCACAAAGACAAGGGACACUUAAUUUUGCUUCAACAUCAGCUUCGACUUCUUCCGGUAUUGUGGACAAUGAUUCCAUAGCAUCAUUCAGUGGAUCUGCAUCUGUUCGGUCAAUACAAACCACAUCCUCAUCCAAUACUCCACAGUCAGUGAACUUAAGUCUGACUAGGCAGAGCACAAUAUCUGAGUCCAUUUUGAACAUCAAAUCUUAUGAUAAAGGAGGAUAUAAGACACAAGCCAUCACGGAUGCACUGGUCUAUAUGGUUGCUAAAGAUAAUCUGCCGUUAUCAAUAACAGAAAAACAAGGCUUCCAGUUCUUCAUGCAGAAAGCAGUUCCUAUGUAUAAGGUUCCAUGUAGGAAAACUUUAACUAAAAUGGUCAAAAGUAAAUAUGAAGUUUUAUCCACAUUAAUUAAAUCCAAACUAAGUCUUGUUGAUCACUUAACCUUAACAUCGAAUAUUUGGACUGACACACUAAAUACAACAAGUUUUUUGAGCAUGACUGUGCAUUUUUUAAGUUUAAACAAAGUUACUCUUGAAAGUGUCACAAUUGGCGUGUUGGAGUUGUCUGCUAGCCUUACAGCUGAGAAUAUUUCUACUUGGUUUGAAUAUAUUCUUGCUCAGUGGGGUAUUAAAAAAAGCCGGAUUUUCACAGUCGUCACCGAUAAUGAGUCAAAUAUAUUAUCUGCCGUAAACAAAACUUUUACCCCCGAAAAACAUUUGCCAUGUUUUGCCCAUACUCUCAAUUUGGUUUCAGAAAGGGCACUGGCAAAUCUUACUGAUGUUCAUAAUGUUAUAAACAAAAUUAAAAGUAUCGUAACUUUUUUCAAACAAUCGGUAGCAGCUUCCGACGAACUCAGAAAAUUGUGCGAUUUCAAACUGAAACAAUCUGUACCAACACGUUGGAACUCAAUUUAUUUUAUGAUUGAUAGAUUCAUUUUAUGUUCGAACCACAUAGCUUCAGUGUUAAUAAAUAUUCGCCGGGGCCCCGAAAUGUUGACAGCUGAUGAGAUUGAUAUAGCUAAGGAAAUGUUGUUAGUGUUAAAGCCGAUGGAGGUGGCAACAAGGGAAUUAUGUGGUCAAAAAUAUGUAACUGGCAGCACAGUUAUACCCUUAAUUAACUGCCUUAUUAAAAAAACAGAGAGUAUUGAUCUAACCCAUCCAACAGCUUUAACCUUAAAGAGAGCUAUGUUAGAUAAUUUGAAUCACAGGUUCGGUAGGAUGGAGGAGAGAAGUCUACUUAGCAUUUCCACUAUAUUAGAUCCUAGGUUCAAAACUAUUCAUUUGAAUAAUCCAUUAGCCAGUUCUAGAGCUAUUAAAUUUAUUAAAAAUCAAAUUAAUGAAAUUAAAAAUAAUUGUGAUGAACCUAGCUCCUCAAACCAAGGCUUUAGUGAUGAUGAUAGUGAUAGUUUGUGGUCAGUUCACAAUGAGCUGGUUACAAAAAAAAAAGCUGCAUCACAAAGUUCAGAACAGUCUGAAGAGCGAAUUCCUACCGAACUUAAACAUUAUUUAAACCAGCCCACAAUACCGUUGGGUGAUGACAUACUAAAAUAUUGGGAUAUAAAUGGCAAUAUGUUCCCUCUCUUAAAAAUAAUUGUACAACCAUUUUUGUCCGUAGUAGCAACUUCUGUCCCUUCGGAAAGAUUAUUUUCCAAAGCGGGAAAUAUAAUGACCGAAAAAAGAAAUAGAUUUAAGGGGGAAAAAUUGCAACAGCUUUUAUUUUUGAGUUCCCUAAAUUUUGAAGACUGGCACAUAGAAUAAAUGUUAUUUAUCUGUACAGCCUUUUGUAUAUAAUAUAAUUUGUAAAUAUGUGUGAUGUAAUGUAUCUGUACAGCCUUUUGUAUAUAUAAUUUGUAAAUAUGUAUAGUGUAAUUAUCUGUAUAUUAUUUGUAAAUAUGUACAAGACAUUUAAUGAAUCAAUAGUGAGCUAAUGGUACCUUAAACAAGAAUAAGUGGCCCACGAUUAGUCCAUUAAAUUUAAUAAUUAUUUUAAUAAUAUAAUUUGUAAAUAUAAGUAAUUUAAUUUAUCUGUAUAUUAUUUGUAAAUAUGUGCAAAAUAUUUAAUGAAUCAAUAGUGAGCUAAUGGUACCUUAAACAAGAUUAAGUGGCCCACGAUUGGUUCUUUAAAUUUAAUAAUUAUUGUAAAAAACAUGUAAAGUACAAAUGAUAUAAUAAAUAAAAAAAACAGUGUUUACCAUACUCAUUGUUGUGUUAUUUAUCUACCUUCAUUAAAUACCUUAAUCCUAAUUCAGUCAAUUUAAACUUAUAUUAAAUCAGAUUCUUACUUAUUAUUAAUGUAAUAUCUUAGAUUAUGUACUUUAGUACUAUUUUAUGUUAAUGCUAGUACACACUACAUCAUGAAUGUUACUUCACUGAGGAGUAAAAUGUGU